CAUCAACGGAUCAGAAGUGGAGAAGGUCAGCUGCUUCAGAUUCCUCGGGGUGAACAUCAGCAAUGACCUCACCUGUUCUGCUCCCACGGACAAGUUGGUCAAAGUGGCCCGGAAACGCCUCUUCUUCCUGAGGAAACUGAAGAAGUUUGCUAUUGAAAUAUUGGGAGCGAUGGAGAACACAAUAACUGAAUACCAGGAAGAGAUGGACCGAGCUAAGGAGGAAAACGCACGUCUACAGAGGCUGUUGGACUUGGUUUUCAAACCUGAGAUAAAGUUACACAGAACAGACCGUUUUCCGUGCCUUAAGUCUGCUGCAUGUGACGACGACUCCAGUCGGCACCAAGAGCUGUCACAGAUCAUCGAGGUGAAAGUGGAGCAGGAGGAAAUAUGGACCACACGAGACAAUAUUAAAACCGAACCUGAAGCGGAAACCAGUACAGCAUCAGAACCUGACCUUGGGCAUCUUAUUGCAGCAACUCCAGAGGAAUCAUUCAGUGAUGUGGAACCAGACCCUGUGGAACAGAUGGAUGAUGUGGAACCAGACCCUGUGGAACAGAUGGAGAAACCUAAACAGAGAACCAUGGCUGACUUUGUCAAGAAUAUGCUCUACAGAGGACCCCAAGACGAUCCGCCAGAAUCGCUGAACUCAACAGUCUACAAGGAGUUUGCCAAAAGCCUGGCGCCAUUGGUUCCAUCAAUGGACAUCAGCUGCGAGAUCCCAUUGGUGGACACUGCUUUUGGCAAAGUCCCUGUAGGAAGCCCCCUGUCAUACCAGAUGCCUUUGCCAAACAGCAGCCACACCAGCCCCCACCCUGACAUGCCUCCCCGGCCUCCCCUGCCUCUGGGGGACUACAGACUACAGCCAACAAGCUGCAUGUUUGUGUUCAGUGAACAGGAACUGCAGUAUCUGAAGUCAAUAGUGACCUCGUGGGAUAUGGCUCACAGAAUUGAGAAGGCUACCAGAGACAAGAGUGUGUCGAUAGAGAGAGACCAGCUGAGGCGGCCCCGGCUCACCUCCCACUUCUGGGAAAUCUGUCAUAUCAGAGAGCAGAGCAAAGCAGAGCAGCUUGCAGAGAGAGUUUGGAAGGGUACCCCUCGCACGGUGAAAAGGGUUCGGGGGGUGGAAUCUGCAGCUGUGUGGGAGUACUGUCGGGCAAUUAAUGUCAACUACUCACCGUGUGGGUUCAUCACCCACCCAGACGCCCCCUGGCUGGGGUGCUCUCCGUACGGACUAAGCUUCGAUCCCACGGAGAACCCGGCCUUCGGCCUACUGGAGAUCAUCUUUCCCAAGACCAGGAGCUAUGUCAGCUGCCCCUUCCUCAGCGUACGAGGUGGAGCACUGCAGCUGAAGCAAAACCACUCUUACUUUUGGCAGCUGCAGGCCCAGCUGCUGCUCACUGGGCUGCAGUGGUGCGACUUUGUGGUUUUUGCUGAGGACGAUGUGUGGAUCCAGCGCAUCUUCAGAGAUGAUGAGGUAGUAAAUAUCAUAAGAAAGAAAACUGAACAUUUCUUUCUUUAUUUUUACAUGCCGAAAUGUCUAUAUUUGAACACAAUCUAAAUUACUGUCAGUUUUUGUUGGAAGAAAGCCUCAUUCAAAAGGUUAUUUCACGAUAACUAAUGUGUUCCUUAUAGAAAAUUCAACAUUCAGGAAUUAUAUUCCCCCCAUUGUGUGGUAUUUGUUUAAUUUGUACUGAUAUGACAUGGACUAUACCUGCUGUAAAUUGUCUCAUUUCUCAGUUUUUAGGAUUGUGUUAUUUUCCAAACAGCCAGCAGGUUGGGCACUUGCUUUCUCAGAAGUCAAACUUUGAUCCUUUAGUGGGAAUGGAUAUGUAGACUGUCUCAUAGAGAACAGACAUCAGAAUAAAGUCAAUGCAUUCCAACACCAACCCUUUGAUUUAUUGUCCUUG